AUGCUGCGUCUGUAUCCCUCCAGAUCAUGUUCCAUCUCGUUCAUCCUUAUGGUGGCAACAGGUGACAACCAAGACGAUAUCCGACUUGAAUCACGCCGGCAGUUGUAUAAAGCAGCAAAAGAAGCCAAAGAUGGUAGUAAAAUAUUCCAAACUCCACCAUUCUCAGCAGUGGUAGAAUAUGUUUUAAAGAGGGUUGACUCUCUGCCAAGAAGUAAAUGGCAUGAUGUGGCAAAUCAACCAAUACCAUUUCCACUUGCUGUCAUGGAACAGAUGCUGAAAUACUUAGAGCACUGUUUAGCAGUUGAAGCUGGAAUUUUGUCAAUAUCAGAAGAGGGCCUAUUAUGGUCCAAUCCACCAGUUAUUGGCCAGCUUGUGCACAAAAUACUAGAUGAACACAAUUAUAAGGUAGCAUCUGGUGUGAAAGAAAAAGGCCCCAAUCCAUUCAUGAAGUACGUUGGUUUUGCUGAGUUAGCUUGCCAAUGCUUGUCUGCUGUUGCGUUGGAGUCUAUUCUGAGAAUUGUAGCUGGUUGCUCCAGAAAUAUUUAUCAAACAUUACUCCCUCAGGUGGACUGGAUCAGGAAAUUUGUCCUGCGUGGUGGGUAUUAUGGUGAAGUUGCAGCACAUCUCUUUGGUGUCGUUGCUGGCCAAAUUCAGAAUCAAGAUGAGUUCGAGAAAUUAUCUAUUCUGUUGUCAACAUGA